GCUCCUUCGGCCAUACACCGCGGCACACUCUCUCGUCGAUCAAACGAAUCUCUUUCUUUUCUUCUUUCUCUCCUUUAAACUUUCACUCUAUUUUACCGUGUCACGAACCUUGCGUUUCAUUAUCCUUCUAAUUUUACUUUCUUCCCUUCUCUGUACCACGUAUAUGUACCUCUAACCUUGCUCGUACCGUGUUCGAUCCGCCCUCCCGUCGAGAUAAACAGAACGUGUCGAGUAAGCCUGAACGACACGGAUAAUCAGGGUUCACGUCAGAACGAAGGACGAGUUCUCUCGAUCAGCAUCUCGAAACAUCACGAGAGACCGUGUCGCGUGUAACCAGUUGAAAAAAAUAAAAAGAGAAAUAGAACACUUGAGAGCAGCCAGAGAGGUGUCUUUGCGUGGCGCUCGACGAGAGAGAGACUACUAGCCAACGGAACCGAUCGAGGUUUUCCUUCGACUUCGGUUUCGCGUACACGUGAUCGCACGUGUGGUUACGUACACGAGAAGUUGAUCGGAAAGGCGCUGCCGAGCCGGUGGUAGCCGUGUUUCGACGUAGACGCGCGAGCCCGAAGGAAAAGAGAAGGAGAGGAGACACACUCGUGUAGAGUCGCGCGACGUUAACGUUCGCGGUGUGUCUCUUUUUUCUGCACCGAACAGCUGAUCUGAAAACGUCAAAAUGUCUACAGAACCGGGUAGCUUCACCUCCAACGGGAGCAUGAUCGUCGUCAGCAACAGGUUGCCGUUCGUCUUGAAGAGGAACGAGGUGACCGGAAAAUUGGAACGCAAGGCCAGCGCCGGAGGUCUUGUAACCGCGGUUGCACCGGUUGUUAUAAGCGGAAAUGGAGUGUGGGUCGGAUGGCCGGGAAUGCACAUGGAAAAUCGAAACGAACCGAUUCCCGAAUCCGAUCCUAACGAUCGUACGCCAACGGCUGGCCUUCUAUCUCGUAAGGUUGUAGCGGUGCACGUCGACCCUACUAUCUUCGAUUCGUACUACAAUGGAUGUUGCAACGGAACGUUUUGGCCAUUGUUCCAUUCUAUGCCCGAUCGAGCGACUUUCAUCGCGGAUCAUUGGCGCGCGUAUUCCACUGUUAACGAGGAAUUUGCUGCCAAAACGGUCGGAGCUCUGGAACAGAUUCAUAAGGAACAAGAAAAUCAAUCGAACGGCACACCUUUGGUCUGGGUACACGACUAUCAUUUAAUGUUAACCGCGAACUGGAUUCGGCAAGCUGCGGAGGAGAAACGUCUUAAGUUAAAAUUGGGCUUCUUCCUUCAUAUCCCCUUCCCACCAUGGGAUAUAUUCAGACUCUUCCCAUGGGCUGAUGAGAUUCUUCAGGGUAUGCUCGGUUGCGACAUGGUCGGUUUCCACAUUCAGGACUAUUGUCUGAACUUUGUUGACUGUUGUCAAAGAAGUCUUGGCUGCAGAGUGGAUCGCAAGAAUCUGUUAGUGGAACACGGUGGAAGAACCGUACGCGUUAGACCGCUUCCCAUUGGCAUUCCGUUCGACAGAUUCGUCUCGCUGGCCGAGACUGCCAACAAGGUCAUGUCGACUAAUCAGAAAAUAGUACUGGGCGUUGAUCGUCUCGAUUAUACGAAGGGCCUGGUUCACAGAUUGAAAGCUUUCGAGAUGUUGCUGGAGAAACACCCAGAGCAUCGUGAACAGGUCACCAUGCUUCAAAUUGCUGUACCGUCGCGAACCGAUGUGCGCGAGUAUCAGGAUCUGAAGCUUGAAAUGGAUCAAUUGAUCGGUCGCAUAAACGGUCGAUUCACGACGCCCAAUUGGUCACCAAUUCGUUACAUUUACGGUUGCGUGAGCCAAGACGAGCUGGCAGCGUUCUACAGGGAUGCUGCGGUUGCUCUCGUUACACCCCUCAGGGAUGGAAUGAACUUAGUCGCUAAGGAGUUCGUCGCGUGUCAGAUUAACACGCCCCCAGGUGUUCUGAUAGUUUCUCCGUUCGCUGGAGCCGGAGAAAUGAUGCACGAAGCGUUGAUCUGUAAUCCGUAUGAAAUCGACGAAGCUGCUGAGGUCAUUCACAGAGCACUUACCAUGCCGGAAGACGAACGCACGUUGAGAAUGAAUCAUCUGAGACGUCGUGAAAGGCUCUACGAUGUCAAUUACUGGAUGAAAUCCUUCCUGCAAGUAAUGGGAUCGCUCGAAGAACACGAUUCCGUGGGUGCUACCACGAUGCAACCUGUUACCAUGGACGAUUUUGACGAUUACCUGAGCAAGUCCCCUAGGUACAUCGGCGAUAACCAUAAGCUGGCCCUGCUGCUGGAUUACGAUGGUACCCUGGCACCCAUCGCAACGCAUCCGGACCUUGCUAUCUUACCACUGGAGACAAAGAACGUUCUCCAGAGGUUGUCCAACAUGUCGGACGUGUACAUAGCAAUUAUAUCUGGUAGAAACGUGAACAACGUUAAGUCAAUGGUUGGUAUAGAAGGGAUCACGUACGCUGGUAACCAUGGACUGGAAAUUCUUCAUCCGGACGGUAGCAAAUUCGUUCAUCCGAUGCCAGCUGAACUGGAGGGCAAGGUGGCGAAUUUGAUGCAAGCGCUGCAAGAUCAGCUUUGCAGGGAUGGCGCCUGGGUGGAGAACAAGGGCGCGUUGUUGACGUUCCACUAUCGUGAAACACCAAUGGAAGGUCGUACCGAGAUGAUCGAGCAAGCGAAGAAAAUCAUCGAAAACGCGGGUUUCAAACCCUGUCCAGCACAUUGCGCCAUUGAAGCGAAACCACCGGUUGAGUGGAACAAAGGUCGUGCUUCCAUUUACAUUCUCCGCACAGCGUUCGGUUUGGACUGGAGCGAACGUAUCAGGAUCAUCUAUGCUGGUGAUGAUGUCACGGAUGAAGACGCGAUGAAGGCGCUGAAAGGUAUGGCUGCUACCUUCCGCGUGGCGUCAUCGCACAUAAUCCGUACAUCGGCGGAACGACGUUUGCCAAGCACCGAUUCCGUGUUGACGAUGUUGAAAUGGGUGGAGAGGCAUUUGAGCAAACGCAAACCCCGUAACAACGCCGACAUCCCAUCGAGAUUCCGUCGCGGUAGCGCCGGAAUAACCAUGGAAAUGUCGUAUAUGCCAUCAAACGCAACGCUAGAAUCCUAGACUUAACGAUGUACUCGUGGAGUAAAAGCAUGUAAGCGAGAGGGAAGAAUAAGAAGAAACAAAAGGGAAUCUCGUGGUGAAUAGGUAAACAAAAUUGUCGUGUAAAAUUGUAUACCCAACACACACAGAUACGGCGGAAACAGUUAAAGAUAAAGAAAACCAAAAAAAAAAAAAAAUAGUUCUUCGAUGAACUAUGCGUAUUCGAAAGCACCAUUUAACUUUCGAAAAUAUAUCUUCGAUCUUCGAGUAUAAAUAAGGAUAAACCGGAUUAAUUCGAGUUGACUUUGAUAGAAAGAUAUAAGCCAAACGGAAGAACUGAUCUUUUUUCAUGUGAAACUAAAAUCAUUCUUCAUCAGCUGUUCAACGUUUAAUAGAUGUAAUCUCCGGUAACCAGUUCAGUGGCUUUAGCCAACGCAGAAACACAUUUAAAAAAGAAAAAAAAACCAAGAAAAAGAAUAAAAAAGAUGAAUAUUACAUGUGUGAUCGCUAAAUCUCCGUUAUGAGCAUAUAGUGUAUAAGCAUGUUUUUCUUUCUUUUUUUUUAUUUCAUGUACAACAUAAUGAUGCGCUUUCGAUGUGUUUUAUCGAAAGUCGUAUUAGGUACUUAGCUGUGUAUAGUUUUUAGGUUCGUAUGGCUCAAAACGGCAGCAGUUAUUCGAUGUAUACAUGUUACAGUGACUUAUCCAAACUGUUUUUUUUUGUUUUUUUUUUUUUUAUUUAUUAAAAUAAUACAUAUUUGGUAUUGAAUUUCGAAAGCGAUUGUAUUCGAUGAUAGCCCGUUGAAGGUGUUAAAAAUUUUCAAUUCCUCAAAUAGAACCGUAAAAUCCUAUUAUUUUUAGUUUACAAAAAUCCUGUAUCUGAUCCUAUUUGAUUUCGCUACAAACGCGUUGAUACCAAAAGCGUAUCGAGCGUCGAUUAAAGCGAAACUUUGAGUUCGAUGAGUGGAUUUAAAUAGAGUUUUUCUUUCUUAUGUCUUUAAUUAUUAACCGAUGGAACUGUCGUGUAAAGAACAGUGCCAAUUAGAAAUCUUCAGUACUCGGUAACAAUAAUAAAUUAUUACUAAACGACGAUGAUUUAGCGAUAAGAUACUUGAGAAAUAUACACAGAAACGGACACACACACACACACACAUACGCAUUAAAAUGAAACGAUACACGCAUCUCGAACAGAAGAAUGAAUUCAUACAAACACGGACAAAUUUUACACGUUUUCUAAAUAGAGUAAGUUACUUAAGAAUUUAUUAUUCCAUACGUUUAUUACGUGCGAAGUAAACAAGACACGAAUAAGAUAAUGGAACAGUUAUUCACUCGUUGUAAUACCUUCAAGUAGAGUCUCGAUUGAUCUUUUCUUGAUGCCCACCGAACGUUGCAACGGCGAUUAAACUCUUCAGCAUUUAAUUAGUUUGAUGUAUCCUUUCACGUGAAACACUGAAGAAUUUUCGAAAGGAAUCUUUUUUUUUUUCUAAGGGAGAUCACAACGAGUGCUAUUCAUUGGCGUAACUAGAUAAAAGCAAGGGUGGAUAAAAGUUCUAGUUACGUUAAUGGUGUCAUUAAGAAAAAAUUUUGUUUUUAACAAUCUUUUUUUUUUUCAUAUGCACGGAGAACGGGCGAUGAAUUUUUCUACGGAUUAUCUACAGAAAUUAACGAUAAGUUUAUGUUUCAUUGAUGGAUGAACGACAGUCUUUUUGUGUAUAAGUAAAAUGAAGAAAACGAAAGGAUAAAAAAAGAACUUUGUUACGCGUUUUACAGUGCCUCCAUGUAGAUAUAGCGAUCAAUAAUGCAAAUGAUCGCUAUGACUAGAAAAACAGAGGUCGAUUCACCACUGAAGUACAUUUUGGUCAUUAGAUUUCUUCCGGAUUUCAUUAACGAUGCCUCAAGUUCAUAUCCAUUUUAUCCCAUCUAUACAUAACUGAAUCGUCAAAUGUAUACCUACAUAUAUGAAAAUUCUCAUUUGAAAAGUUACAUGGAACAAGAGUUUGCUCCAAUAUACAUGUAUUUUUAUAUGUAGAUAACGUAUGAAUUUUGCUGAAGAAAGUUAUUAAAGGAAAAAUGAAAUUAUAAAGAGAAAGAGACAAACAGAUAAUGAAGAUGUUAUAAUGAUUCUAAUUACAUAGUGACCUGUUUGUGUCCCGAACAUCUGUUUCUACGACUGUACUUACAAUUAUAGAAAUAUACAUGUAUACACGUA